AUGGCUCUCCACCGCCUACCGCUCCUCCUCCUCGUCCUCACAGCCAUCGUACCCCUGUUCACCGCCUCCGCUUCCCACAGCCAGCUCCCGCCGGAGCACGCCGCCGCGCGCCGCCGCCACCACCCUUCCCCCGCCACCGCCAGCCCGGCCACCGUCCAAUUCCACCCCGUCACCAGCGCCACCUCCUCCAUGCCCAAAAACCACCUCGGGAUGGAUCAGAGCCCGUCAACGCUCGAGGCCAUGGCGGGGAACCCCCAGGCACUGCCCGUGCCACCCCAAGCAGCCACACCACCGCCUCCACCCCAGGCACCGGCACUGCUGCUGCAGGAGGACUCGGACUCGGAGGGGUCGUCAUCUGCUUCGGCCUCUCCAGCCGCGGCCUCGUCCACGACAACGACGACGCUUCUACCGCUCCUCAACCAGCGCGCCGCGGCGGCAUCAGCAAGCUCUGCGUCUCCCGUCCAAGCCGGCGUCGCGAGGGUGGUAGGCUGGGGCAGCGAAGAGGGGCUGCUGCCGCUGGCGAGGGUGCUUACCGCGCUGGGGUACGACGAGAUGGUAUCGGCGGCGACGCUCCACCCCAACUUACCGCGGCUCGCGAGGUGGCACGGGCCGAUCACCAUCUUCGCGCCUCCCGAUAUCUCCCUCCAGACCUCGUGCUCCAUGUGCUCGCGCCGCCGCCUCCUCCUGGACCACAUCGCCUUGGGCUACUACCCGUACUCCGAGCUCACCGCCGCCCCCACCAUCAAGAUUCCAUCGGCCUCCGUCAACCUCUGCCUCAACAUCGACACCGUGAGCGGCACCUUCUCCGUCCACCACGCCAGGCUCUUCGUUGAAGGCGUCGAGACUUCCCACCCUGAGGUCUACAACGACGGCCGCUACAUCGUCCAUGGCCUCCGCACCUUCCUGCAACCGCUCUCACGCUACUCCUGCUUCGACCGCUCGCACUCGUACCACUGCCACGGCGACAGCAUGCCAACCCGGUCGGACGCGACCUCCGUCUCUAUGUCCGCGAUGCGUGUGAGCGUCAGGAUCCGCGAGGCCAUCGCCCGCCUCCGUGAUGCAGGUUAG